UGCCAGUGAAGGCCAGAAUUGUGCCAUAGCUCUGAACCCACAGCUCCUCUUCCCCUGGCCCAUGAGAAUUUCAGCUGGAGAGACAGCAUGCCCUCCUAAGUGAAGUACUGCCACUUUAAGACAUGGAAUCAUCUUUCUCAUUUGGAGUGAUCCUCGCUGUCCUGGCCUCCCUCAUCAUUGCCACUAACACACUAGUGGCUGUGGCUGUGCUGCUACUGAUUCACAAGAAUGAUGGUGUCAAUCUCUGCUUCACCUUGAAUCUGGCUGUGGCUGACACCUUGAUUGGCGUGGCCAUCUCUGGCCUACUCACAGAACAGCUCUCCAGCUCUUCUCGGCCCACACAGAAGACCCUGUGCAGCCUGCGAAUGGCAUUCGUCACUUCCUCCGCAGCUGCCUCUGUCCUCACGGUCAUGCUGAUCACCUUUGACAGGUACCUUGCCAUCAAGCAGCCCCUCCGCUACCUGAAAAUCAUGAGUGGGUUUGUGGCCGGGGCCUGCAUUGCCGGGCUGUGGUUGGUGUCUUACCUCAUUGGCUUCCUCCCAAUCGGAGUCCCCAUGUUCCAGCAGACCCCCUACAAAGAGCCCUGCAGCUUCUUUGCUGUAUUUCACCCUCGCUUCGUGCUAGCUCUCUCCUGCGUUGGCUUCUUCCCAGCCAUGCUGCUCUUUGUUUUCUUCUACUGUGACAUGCUCAAGAUUGCCUCCAUGCACAGCCAGCAAAUCCGAAAGAUGGAACAUGCAAGAGCCAUGGCUGGAGGUUAUCGACCCCCACGGACUCCCAGUGACUUCAAAGCUCUCCGCACUGUGUCUGUUCUCAUUGGGAGCUUCACUCUAUCCUGGGCCCCCUUCCUUAUCACUGGCAUUGUGCAGGUGGCCUGCGAGGAGUGUCGCCUCUACCCAGUGCUGGAACAGUACCUGUGGCUGCUCGGUGUGGGCAACUCCCUGCUCAACCCACUCAUCUAUGCCUAUUGGCAGAAAGAGGUGCGACUACAGCUCUACCACAUGGCCCUGGGAGUGAAGAAGGUGCUCACCUCAUUCCUCCUCUUUCUCUUGGCCAGGAAUGGUGGCCUAGAGAGGCCCAGGGAAAGUUCCUGUCACAUUGUCACUAUCUCCAACUCAGAGUUUGAUGGCUAAGACGGUAAGGGCAGAGAAAUUUCAAAGUGCCUUUCUCCUCCCCUCUCUGGAGUCCCAACUAGAGCAGCAGGAGAGAGGGGAAUGAGAGC